CUAUCAUCAAGAGCAAUGGAAACCAACUGUAGAAUGCAGAAAAGCAAAAUCCAAACGCUGUAUGAAGCCUGCAAUCUUUUAUUUUCCCAGAAAAUGCUCCCAACUUCCCAACAAGUUCAAUGGCUGAAAAAUUUCCUGGGCACGUUUAAAGCAAUAGAUGUUGGAAUUGAUGAAUUUGGUUUAUGUGGAUCGCCAUCUACUAGCCCAAGGAGAGAUAAGGGACUGAUCUGUGGGCAAAGCAUCUCCCAAAUCACUUACAUUCACAUUCAUGAAUGUCACCAUUUCUCUAUCGGCGUGUUUUGUUUCCCUGCUGGAGCGACACUUCCCCUUCAUGAUCACCCUGGAAUGACAGUCUUUAGCAAACUCCUUUAUGGUUCAUGUUAUGUUAAAGCUUACGAUUGGAUCAACGGAGGAACUACUUCAGGCUUCAGAUCAUUUGGAUUGGCAGGCAAGGUUUUAGAUGGCAUUAUGAGGGCACCAUGUGAGACUAGUGUACUAUUUCCGACAAGUGGAGGGAACAUUCAUUCUUUUAAUGCAGUAACUCCUUGUGCUAUCUUGGAUGUAUUGGCUCCACCUUACUCUGAGGAGCUUGGCAGGCCUUCUACUUAUUUCUUGGAAUUUCCUAUUUCUUCUCUUCCUGGAUAUGCAAUGCUUGAGGAAGAAGAGCUGCAAGAUGAUCUGGUGGUUGCUGGAGCACCGUAUCUUGGGCCUCCUAUUGAUGAUGCUGGCAUUGGCUGUUGUUGCCUUCUUGACUUUGCCAGUGUAUAGUUUUACUGCAUGAUUGAUAGGAUUGCCAUACAAUGCUUAAAACUUAAUGAAAUACAGAUAGGCUGAGCUUAAGCCAAUCA